AUGUCGCCCGAAAUGUCCCUGCGCACGCCCAGGAGGCGAGGGAGAAGCACGCCGAGGGCAAACGUGCCCGUGCCCACCCCGCGCGCGGCGCCCAGGGAAGCACGGGGCGCGCAAGAGAGCCGGAGGGCCAUGAGCAACGAUUCGGCGCUGAUAGUCGUCAUCUUCUUCAUGGCGCUGCAAGGCUGGUCUCUUCUGGUGCAGUGGGUUUCCGACGCAGUUCUCGGCGGUUGCGAGGAAUGGCUGAAGUCGUGCAUCCGGGAGUCUGCUGGCAUGUUCGUGCGCUUCGCAAAUUCCGUCUCUUCGGCGCUCCUGUCGAUUGCGUCCCGGCAGUAUUACCGGCGAAGGCCGAAAGUGUCGAAGAUCACGGAGACGCCCCGCAACCCCUGGUGGAGCGAGGCGCAGCAAAGCACUCUCAACGCCGUGCUGCGCCGCGACCGCGCGCCGCCCUCGCAAACCACGCGGCGCAGCGCGGAGCGCCCGCGCGGCAGCGACCCGACGGUCGCGGGCUUCGAGGGCCACGCGGACGCCAACGGCACCGCCCACAGCGCCUCCGGGCGUCACAGCGGGCGCCUCUCCCGCGGCGUGCACAGGUCCGUCACGUGGCUGACGAGCCUCGUCCGGCGCGGCCCCGCGCACCAGUCGUCCCCGGACCUCGCCGCGGGCGCCCCCUCGGACGGCGAGGACGACCCCCCCCCGCAGAAGCUGACGCGGGUGGGGAGUGAGAUGUUCGACCGCACCCCGGGGCUCGCCGGGAUGGAGCUGGGCGUGCAGCGGCUCGGGAUGGUCGACGAGGCGCGCCUGGCGUGCGAGUACGUCGUGACGCACGUCUUCGCGGCGCUCCGGUGGUUGGUGCGCGUCGUCACCUUCUCGCGGCCCAUCGCGGCCGAGGACAGCUCGGACGCGCGCAUCGCGGGCAGGGGGGGCGCGGGGGGCGCGGAGCCGCACUCGGCGGCCGGGAGCGGGCACGGCGGGGGCGGCCAGCUCGAGAGUCUGGAGCUGACGACCCCUGCAGUGCAGCACCGGCUGCAGGGGCGGCGGCUGCUGCACGAGCCGGGCGGGGACCUGCAGGCGGGUUUCGGGCGGCGGACGAGCUUCGACACGGGCCUGCGCCGCACCAACAGCUUCAGCAAGGUGCAGGACAUCCAGGAAAUGUCGGGUGUGGACCAGGCGGACAUGCACAGUUCGGCGCGGCAGUUCAUCCUGCAGGCGGGGUACCCGUACGAGUGCCGCGAGGUGGUCACCGAGGACGGAUACAUCCUGCGGCUGGAGCGCAUCCCGCGGCCCACGUCGCGGUCGGCCGUCGUGUUCCUGCACGGCAUCCUGGACACCGCUAUCGGCUGGGUGGCCAGCGGCGCGCUCUCCUCGCAGGCGUUCAAUGCGUUCGAUCAGGGGUUCGACGUGUGGCUCAUCAACUCGCGCAGCAAUCCGCCGUGGCGCAACUGCCUGCCGUGGAAGCAGGGCCGGGAGUACUGGGCGUACUCGCUGAACGAGCUCGGUGCGCUGGACGCGGCCGCGCACAUCGACCGCAUCCACGCGGUGAAGUGUGCGGAGCUGGGCGUGCUGGACGUGGACGACGUGCGCAGGUACUCGCAGCGCCUGAGCAUGAACGUCGACGCGACCGCGCGCGCCGCGACGCUCCAGGGAUACUCCGAGCUCGCCGCGUGGCGGACCGAGCCCGAGACGCCGAGGGCGAGCGAGGGGGAGCUCACCAGCCAGGGCACGCCCGCUGCCACGCCGUGGGCCUGGCUGCGCACGCCGCUGCGGUACGCGCAGCAGACGCCCGCGUCGCAGCUCGGCGAGCGCGUGAGCUACGGCGGCGGCCCCGUGCGGGCGGAGAGCCGCGACGCCGCGACGCUGAAGCGGGAGCGCUCGGCGCGGAUGCACGCCCGGCGCGCGUCCCUGCCGUCGCCCGGCGUGCAGCCACCCGCGCGGCCCCGGCUCGGCGAGUUCCCGCCCGCGGAGCCGCACGUGCUCCGGCGCCAUCCGCACAGCUCGCAGGAGCUGGCAGCGUCGCCAGCCCCCUCCCGCGAGGAGGACGGCCCCGGGGAGGACUCGCCGGGGCCGCGCGGGGGGCGGCCGCCCUACACGCUUCAAGCGGUCGCGCACAGUCUCGGCGGCGGCGUGGCGCUGCUGUACCUGUGCACGCGGCUGCGGCAGGGCGCCCCGCACCGCCUGUCGCGCCUGGUGCUCCUCAGCCCCGCGGGCUUCCACAGCUACCUCCCCAUAUCGCUGCGCGUGCUCAGCAAGCCCGUGCGCGUCAUCGGGAACCUGUACGCGCGCUUCGCCGGCGCGCCUCUGUCGGCGGGGCUGCACAUCCCGGGCUUCUGGCCCCGCUUGUUCGCCUUCAAGCUCGCAGCCGACCUGCAGCGGAUUCCUGCUCUCGGGGAGCUGGCGCGGGUGGCGAUGGGCGGGGGCAUCCUCGGGGACGACUCGGACUGGGACAAGUCGCUGCUGCUGCCGCACUACAGCGCGGCGUCGAUGCCCGCGGUGUCGGUGUCGACGCUGCAGCACCUCGGGCAGCUGGCCGGGUCGCGCCGGUUCCAGCUGUUCGACUACGGGCGCGCGGGGAACUUGGCGGCGUACGGGCAGGAGGCGCCGCCCGAGGUGCCGGACAGCUACCACCUGAUCGACGUGCCGGUGGACCUGAUUGGCGGGUCGCGCGACGGCGUGAUCAAACCGGAGAACGUCAAGCAGCACUACUACGCGAUGCGCAAGCACGACAAACAGGUGACCUUCCGGGAGUUCGACUACGCGCACCUGGACUUCACGUUCGGGGUCAAGAGCGACGUCCGCCACUACGUGAGCAGCCGCCUCGCGCUCUCCAAGUGGCGUGCAUGA